AUGCUGCUGCCGCCGCUGCUGCUGCUGCUGCUGCUGCCGCUGCUGCUCCCGCGACUACUACUCUUACUUACCGACGACGACGACGCCGACGACGACGACUACUACUACAACUACAACUACUACCUCUUCUGCUACAAACUACUACGACAAAGUACCACUACAAACUACUACAGUCGAGAGCAAAGCAAGACCCUGAGCUGCAUCCGCGUUUCUUUGUUAUUUCUCGGCCCUGUGAUCUCAAGGUGGAUAUGUAUCUUCGCCAUAAUUCAGUCAGACAACCCGUUGGACUUGAGUGAGCAACUGGGCAAUGAUCCCGCGCACGCUCCAUUUACUGAAGCUCUGAAGCGAGCGAACAGAUAUCUUGUCGUUCGAAAUGAUGCCGUGGAUGUCUUUGCCCGUAUCUGGUGCUGUUGGGAGCUGUAUUGUGCAGCACAGGGCGGGUUCUUGCAGAGCGACAAGUACAUCGUCACUGGGCCAAGCAGGUUUCCAAAUCCCGAGAAUUGGGAUAUUGGCAAGGCCGACGCGUCAAACUUGGAGGACAAGCGUCUCAUCAUGCUUGCGGUGGCCAGCAACCAGGAGAUAUACCACACCAUCAUCGAGAAGGCGGUGUUGAUUCGAAAUCAUCAUGUCCCAGAGGAGGACCAGGAGAAGUGCGGGAAUCCCGCGCGGUGGAUGGCACGAAGUUUGGGCGGUGCGAGCCACGCAACUGCUGCCAUUUUACCACCCACACUGACUCGACAUGCCUCGGCGUGA